CUCAUCUUUCCCUUUGGCCCCGUCCGCAAGUAUAGCUUUUUCACAUUUUAAUUAUUUCGCAUCUCUAUCGACGAUCUUUCCCAUCCGCUGCGACUGUUCAGGGAUCGUGGACCUCCGGUGCCUCUACGAAAUCCUCCACCUUCCGCCCUCAUACCAUCAAGCCGCACCGAACCCCAAAAAACCUCGUCCAGUUGGCUUAGUGACCUGAAAAGAGUCACAAGCUGACUGGUUCUGAGCCUGCGCUGCGACUCCCAGACCUUCAUGCCGCGAAACCCUGCGGCGAAAAAGCAUCAGCAUAACAAUCGCCAUGAGAACGGCCUUGUAGGCCCUGGAAAGCGUGUCAGCAAGCAGAAAUCGAAUGGUCAUCUCAAUGGCGCCGCAAAGGGCCCUGUUCCCUCCGAGCCUGUUCCGCAACCAAAUAUCGCCGACCCGUCUAUGACUGGGUCAACCGCCGGUUCAUCCAGUAACUCCACGAUCGACGCGAAUACGGAUCCCGCGUCCUCUCCUUCCAAGCCAGUGGAUCACGAAGGCAGCGAAGGCAAAGACAGGGAACCUCAGAAAGAGUUGAAUGGAUCAGCGAUGUUGCAGCAGAGACGAGGCGAUAUGGCUACGGGCAAGUCAAAGGCGAUGCACGAGGUGAAUGCUUUCCAGAUCGCCUCGACCAUCCUGCGAUCUCGGCCUGCCUGGGACACCGUGUCUCUCCUGAUUGUCCUCCUGGCUUUGCCAUCCAUGGUUCUGACAAUGGUUCAAGCCUUUUUUGCGUCCUUGACAAUCUGGCCUGGGGGUGGCCCGUCCUUUCGGUCCGCCGCAGACAUGUUCUACGGGUCAGCUGGUGCGCCGAGUCCUACCACCAGGAUCGUAGUGGAUGUGAUUUGUUUUGGGCUCUGGAUGUGUCUCUGGCCAUGGGCUCAAAAUUUUGCACUGGAUCUCGCCCAAAUACAGAUUGCCAUGACACUAGGAAAUGGAAGUUCUGGACGAAAUAGCCGAGUUAAUGUCUUCUGCGUUGCGGGCGUUCUUUUAUUGCAUUUGAUUCGGAGUAAGGGCGUCCGCCGGUUUCUUUUCGCCAAUCUGGUCCCUCUGGAACUGAUCUCUCAACUCGGCCUUACGGAGUAUCUGAGGUAUCUGCCCUCCGACACUGAUUUCGGCGAGAGCCCUCGACCGCCGUCACAUAUUCGAAGUUUAUUCGCGAUACACAUUAUCAGCCAGGCUGUGUUGGCAGUGAUCAGGCGUUGGUUGCAUAGCCUUCAGUCACCCGCACCUGCAAAAUCCAAGCGGAUAGACACCGAAGCCUCAGCGGGUUCCGUGUCAGACUUUUCGGCUCCUGACGGCUCUUCUUCCACCGCCAUAUCGUCGUCUGUCGAUUAUCAACUGCCCCCAACACCUGGCUUGCGGGAAGGCAAAGAGAAAGGCGUAAAUGCGAAGAAGAGGCGACGCCAGGCGAACCAUGUCAGAAGCAAACAGCCAUUCUGGGCUGCACUCGCUAGCACCAAAGUCCAGAUUGGAAGGGAGAUCCAACAUAACAAAGCGCUUCCUACAGUCGCAAACAAUCAAGGAACACCAUUUGAGACAGCACAUCAAGAUCUGGUAUGGGUCACGAACGUAGAUCCGUCAUCCAUCUCGUUCGAAUCAAACUUCGUCGGGACAUUGGAACCAGGACAAGAGGUUGGCGAGCACCGACCUUUCUACGUGCGCAUCAACGGAGCGAAAUGGCACUCGGUGUCUCUUGAGCCAGUAGAGGGUUCCUCCCAAUCAGAAGGUUCAAGCGCUUGUUGGGCUGGGACAAUUUCGGGCCUGGCUCCGAACUGCACCUACACCUGCACUUUUAUUGCCACCGAUGGAGAUGAGGAGUAUGCUUCAGUCAUGGUCAAGACGCCGAUGCUGGCGCUUGACAAAGACUUGCCUGGGUCUACGGCUCCUGUACCAGUCCGCCAGUCUACGAGGCCAUCUUCGCCAACUACGACGCUCAAAAACUCGAUUUCCACAGCUGAAGCUAAGCUAAAUGAGGCUCGAAAUCGCCUUACCAAGGUCCGACGUCAGCAUCGAAGCACGCUUGCCAAGGUCGAAAGGGAGGUCGAUAGCUACAAUACGCGCCUCAAAACUGCGAGUGACGACACCAAGCAAAAGCAAAAACUCUUGCAAGCCGAGCGUAGCAUCCGCCAAACCGAAGACGCCAACCUGGAGCUUGACGCUGCGCUGGAAGGUCUAGUUUCUACACCUGACGACGAUAUUGAGGAUCAUAGCGCUUCUCAGAAGGCCUUUGAGGAACAGUCCCGGCUUCUUGCCGACGCAAACGAGGCUUUGGAAAAAGCUAAGAACGCUGCAAUGUCUGAGAAGUCUUGCGCUAAGAACGAAUUCAAUGCUGUCAUUUCUCGUAAAGAGCGUCUUACCAGUCGCAACACCAAGCUGACCGAGCAGUACGACCGGAUUACUCAAGCCAACGCGCAGGGCCUGAACGAGAGAGAAAGAAAGGCUGCAGACUCAACUGCGAAGGAUGCUGAUCAGCAGAGGCGCGAGAAUGAGCUGUUGCAGCAGAUUCAGUACGUGGAGAACGAGGUCAGAAAUGCGAAGAUGAGGUUGGAUGCCAAUCACCGAGAGAUCAGGCUCCUCGAAGAGGAAGAUGCCCGGCAUAUGAUGCUCAACAACAGCGGGCCGUUGACUCCAGAGGGAGAGCUACCUGGCACUCGCCCAGCACCGCAACAUGCUCGACCUUAUGCAUUUGGCAGCUUCCAAGCCUUCCCCAAUAGCCCUGUCAUUCCCGAGGUCCAGGGCUCCCCGUUCCUGGCUUACGCAAAGACUCUCCCCUCGACCGACCAACGCCGACCGAGAUCUGAUACCAACCGAUCCGCGGGCGGAAUCAGUAAUUUCUCUGCCGACUUUGAGGAUGCUGACCCGAUUCCUCCCAUCGAGUAUGAGACAAUUGGGCGAAAGGGCAGCGGUAGCAGCAGGGGUCAGAACAGUGGCAGUCCAGCAGCAGGGAUCAUUGGUGGCUCGUUGCGCAGCCCACAGCGAGGCAGUUAUAGUCCAGGACAUGUCCCAGGCUCUACAACUUGGUGAUAUACUGUUUGAAGGAGCCUGGUCGAUGGUGCUUGUAGAGUCGACAGAAGUCCGAUGGGUUGAAAGUCCAUGGCUUAAUAGCUUACUGAUGGGAUAGCCUCGAAAAGUGUUGCGCU